ACGUCAGAUAAAAGGGAUGCUGUUACACAGUGGUCAUCCUGAUCUUAUGCAAUAUCUCUGCAAGCACUUUGUGAUGGACAACCGUAAGUAGGGUGGUAUUCGCAGCGCAGCAGAUGUGGACGCUGGGCCUUGGCUGCGGACCAUGGCAUUGGCAUUGGAUGUUCCAAAGUGAGGCCGCUUCUGCUCGCUAUCCAUGGAGCUCUGAUUUUAGCUGCUUGAGUCCAAUUGGCGAAGGGAUGCCCUCGAGUCAAGUUUGCGGCUGUAUUCUGACCAUGGGAUGUCCCAUAUGUGAGCUUCUUUCCCCCAGCGCUAGCCAGGACGCGUUCCUGAAGGAAAAUCACCCGGUCGAAGCGGGCUAUGGUGGACUUAUGGAAGAAAUCAAGACUGCCACAAGACCCAAAACCAUAAUGAUGGAAAGAAGGCAAUUUGAAGAGGGCAGGAAAAGGCCAGGCGGAGUCUCGAACGAGACUUUGGCGAGGCAGGUCGAUACUUGGAUGCCCUGCUGUCUGCUCAGUGUUCCGUCAAAUUACACAAGGUUCUUUCGAAUCGCGAUCGGCCGGAGCUGGAGUCGUUGUCCAAAGUAACAGUCUAGCACCGCAUCUUACAGGCCGCGAGGCAUAUAAUCACCGGGAUCGUCCAAGGCGGAAAGCGAAACAAUUCCAACGGCGGUAGGCUAGACAGAAGACCAAUGGAAAAUUAGGGAAAAAUCAUAUGGUUCAAGGGCUCGCUGUGUCUGAGCGGAUCCCGCUCAGCCUUGCAUGACCUUCCCCAUCACAUGGCAAUCCCAUCAACAUAAGAUACACUGGCGUCCUCCCCAACCACAACACAACAAAGCGCUCAACUCUUGGCGAUCAGACUUUUGGCGACAGACUUUUGAAAAUUAACAGGUUAAUAUUUGAGUCACUGAAUUCCUUCCAACAAUCAGCCGGGGGGACAGAUGGCUCAGUCGUUAGUGCACUGCACUGACUGACCAACUGUCCUUGAUUUGCCGGAGAUUUGACGAGUUCUUACUUGCUCUGCUGACUUAUCCUCUAUACUGGUAGGAUAUACCUGAUGACCCAUAGUCGCCCUCCAAGGGACUACGGCGAGGGUAUUGGUACGGGAGUACACGGUAAGUCGGGUCACAAGUAAGAUAAGUCGACAUCGUCAAAUCUCCUCCCCAUAAAAAACCCUCGGGUACUAGUAUCCGAGGGUUUCACUCCCCUACACCGGAUGGUAAACGGUGUAGGCGGCGAGUGUUUUUGUUGGUCUGGGGUUCAAAUUGCCGGUUGUACGGGCUUGGUUUUCUUUUUGUUCUUUUUCGCACCAGUCUGAGUUGUCAUACCGCCCGGCAGAAAGUUACUGACGGGGGAUACACGGCGCCCUCCCCGGGAAUGGUUUCUCCCUUACGUCGCCUCGGCUACCCUGUGGAUCUCUACUCAUGAAAUACGACCAGGUAUUUUGUCGGAGGUGCUUACUUCACAGCCUCCAGAAUAUGCUACAUGGGUCAAGCAAGCCGGGCGGGUAGUUGCACUUUUCUGGACCACCAACGGGUGUCUGAACGCAUCCCGUGCUCGCGCAGGACACCAAGCGAUCGACAUGCCUCCCGUCGCGGUCCACCAAACAGCGAAAGACCAUGAGUUGUUCAUACAGUUGUACUGCACAACACCGACUAUCGACGAUCGAUUAGCGUACCGAUGAUCCUACAACAUCUCUACUACAAUUCUCUCCAGCUGCAAAAGCAAGCCAUGGCCACUUCCAAGGCUACAAGUGACAUUGCAUAUCAUGAUGCACAAAGUACCACCGCAUGGUUUGACAGUGAGUUACCACAGGCUGUGGCGCUUUCUGUCUCGUGUAAAUCGUACCCUCUUGUCCACUGAGUUCACUGCUCUGUAACACAGCAUGACGGAACCUCGAGAAACGAACAUUCGAGAAAAGUGCCGUCCGUUCACGGGGGAUGUGACGUGCCACAGCUUGGGGUUUUGGAUAACAGCAAUCGAAGCUGGAUGACAGCAAACCUACACCGGUUUGAUGGCGACACAGCUGCCUCACCUCAUCGUUUGUGCCUCGUUGUGCAGUCGUUUGUGUGCUGUCCAACGACAUCCGUUUGCUGACUGUCGUGAUGGAGCGACCAGAGAGAGUCUUUUCGAUCUGGCCUAUUUCUAUUUAUCCAUGGCUUACCCUUCACUGCUGUCGAUGUGCAGUCGGUGAGUGAAAAACAGAGCAACGUUGUGUAUGAACUUUGGAACAGCAUUCUGUCCGUGGAUUGAGCAUCUAUCUCACCCAGCACUGGCAUCUGGCCAGCCAAUUGAUUUUUCGUCUACCAGUGACAUUACAACUUCCGCAUACACCGCUUAUAUACAGGAGUGAAGAAGGUUAGCCGUCCUCAAUGCCUCCUGGAGGCAUCUAUCUCAUCUAAAUCGCUUCGAUCUCAACUCUUCACUCAAGGCCAUCAGCAUCACCAGAAACCAACUGAACACUUCACUGUAUAGACACUGCCCCAGCGUGUCCAUACAGAUGCGUUUACUGCAAUUGUGUUCAAUCAUCUGUCCACCUAAUAAGUUCAACUGCGCACCUGACUACUCACUACCGCUCCUCAUCACUUAUCACUCCUCAGAGCUGGGUUUGGUCCUCAUCACUCACCACUCCCCCAGAAUCGACUUGGAUUAGUUCUGGUUUGCCAACACUCACAAACCAAACAAAACAGUUUGACCACCACCCAUCCAUCCCAUCAGUGCCAUCACUCUAUCCAUCCCAUCACUCAACCAACAAACCAACCAUGGCGACCAGACAUAUAAAUUCCGCUCGAAGACGACAUCGUCUCUUCGAUUCCGAUUCACCAUACAACAGGUCGUCCUCAUCCACAACCACAUCGAUACUGAUACCCAGCCCAAGUCCGAUACCACCACCACAACCACCAUCACUGGUCAACCACUCAGUUUCUAUCCCACCACCGAAUCUAAAUAUACAAGAAAAUAAUACAGCCUCUAGCGACCCUGUUCCUCGAGACAAGGCUCGUCAGCGUCGGGCCAAAAUGACAAAUUGUAUAAUCUGCGGAUCCAACAAAGGAGAAUUCUACCAAUGUAACUGCGACACAGAGUACGCGAGUUCUUCAUCAGCUGCAGACUCGAAGAAUGCCUGUGCCAGUACAACGACCACGACCACGAGUACGACGGGAGGAGGCUCGGGAGGCUCAGGAGGGUCCUCGAGCUCAGGGGGAAGCUCCGGGGUGACUUCUGGGUUUACGUCCGAGCAAUGGGAUUAUGUGGGGAGGAAGUUGGGGGAGAAAUAGGUACCUAGUACCUACUAGUAGGCAGUGAGAUUGUGAGACUUCGGUUGAUAUUGAUGGGAGGGAGACCAGCUGGAAUGUUGGAGUGAGUGAGAGAUGAGUGAGAGAUGAGAGACGAGACUCGAGGGAUGAAUGCCUAACGACUGAUGACUUAUGUGUUAUGAGAUGACCUGAGAGCCUAGCCUGGUACGGUCUCAGAGUCCGAACAAAUACCUCACAUACCUCACACUUACUACAUAGGUAUUCGGGCCUGACGGCUUAUUAGCUAGUAUUUGCGGAUGGUACUAGGAGUCUGUCUGUUGAUGGUACCUCCCAAAAUGAUAUCUGUGUCUCCAUGAGGAAGCAGGAUACUAGUAGUAUGCUCUCAUACUAAAUCAUUC